AUGAAGACCUUUCCCCUUCUAUCCUCCAUUAUCCUGGCUGCCAGACUAGCCUCCAGCCAUGGCAUGUGGCAGCGUCUCAAAGUAAACGGCACAGACCAAGGACAACUCGUCGGCAUCAACCCGCCGGCAGUCAACAACCCCGUGCAAAUCGUGACGGGCUCCUCCAUUGCCUGCAACACGGGUCUCGUCUCUCCGCUCUCGAACACCGUCAUCACCAUCCCAGCAGGCGCUACAGUCGAAGCCUGGUUCGAGCAUGUUCUUGGUGGUGCGCAGAGUUCGACUGAUGCCGAUAAUCCUAUUGCGUCCUCGCACAAGGGUCCGAUUAUUGUCUAUCUUGCAAAGGUCGAUGAUGCUGCGACAGCAAGAGACUACAACAGCUAUUCGUGGUUCAAGAUCGCGGAACAGGGGUUGGAUAACUCGUCUGGGAAAUGGGCUGUUGAUACCAUGAUUGCAGGAACCAGUUCCGGGGUGGGAUGGUGGGAUUUCACCGUCCCUUCAUGUGGAGCAAUCUUUUUCUCUUAUUCCGUACCACACACGCACGAGAGAUACAGUAUCUCUUCCGGAAUCCCAAGCUCCCAGUGGGCGGUCAUUUAUUCAAGCAAAGCUGACUCCAAGAUCGUGUCCCCAGUUGCCGCAGGCCAAUAUCUAAUGCGCAUCGAGCUCAUCGCACUGCACUCCGCCUAUGCCUCAGGGCAGGCCCAGUUCUACAUGUCUUGUGCAAAUGUCCAGAUCACCGGCUCCGGAACAGAGACCGGUACUACCGUUACAUUCCCCGGUGCUUAUACGGCUACUGACCCCGGAAUCCUAAUAAACAUCUACGACAGCAGUACUCCCAGUCUCCCCAACAAUUCCGGCAAGCCGUACACGAUACCCGGUCCCGCCAAGUUGGCUUGCUAA